AAAGACGGAGACAUCAUGUUAGGGGGAAUCUUUUCCCUCCACAGCAGCUGGAAAGACCGACAGGAUAGCUUUGUGCAGAAACCGCAGUCGCUUCAGUGCACCAGGGGCUUCCAGUUUACCCAGGCUAUGCUCUUUGCCAUCGAGGAGAUCAAUAACAGCACCGAGCUCCUGCCUGGAGUCUCUCUCGGGUAUAAAAUCUACGAUUCUUGUGGCUCCGUUGCUCGAGGGGUGAGGGUGGCCCUCGCUUUGGCCAAUGGGGACGGAGAUGGUCCUUUGGAGGAGCUUUGCCCCAGACCAGCCCGGGUGCAGGCCAUUGUGGGAGAGACGUCUUCCUCUCCUUGCAUGGCCAUAGCCACCACCGUCGGACCCUUUUGGAUCCCUUUGAUCAGCCACUUUGCCACUUGUGCUUGCCUCAGCGAUAAAACCAAGUACCCAUCUUUCCUGAGAACAAUCCCGAGUGACUACUACCAGAGUCGAGCUCUAGCUCACCUGGUCAAACACUUUGGGUGGACCUGGGUAGGAGCCAUCAGAAGCAACGACGAUUACGGCAAUAACGGAAUGGCCACAUUCACCGAGAUCGCCAAAGGGCUCGGUAUUUGUCUCGAGUACUCGGUAUCUUUCUUCAGGACGGAUCCACCUGGCAAGAUACAAAAAAUAAUCAAUGCGAUUAAGGCUUCGACAUCCAAGGUGAUCGUUACGUUCCUCUCCCACAUGGAUCUGGAUGUCCUGAUACACCAACUGUCUCAUCACAACCUGAGCGGCUACCAGUGGGUUGGCACAGAGAGUUGGAUCUUUGAUUCCCAGACGGCGGCUUCGGAUCGGACGCGUAUCCUUAACGGAGCCCUCGGGUUGGCCAUUCCGAAAGCCCACGUCGACGGUAUGAGGGAGUUCAUCUUGGAUGUGAAACGUCUGAAUUCAUCCGGUGAUGACACGUUCAGGCAAUUCUGGGAGACGAUAUUCAACUGUCAGCUUGAGUCGAGAAAAGUCGGGAAUCGGGGAGAGUGCAACGGGCUUGAAGACCUCAAAGACGUGCAGAACAGCUUCACUGAUAUGUCACUCAUGCCCAUCUUUAGCAAUGUCUAUAAAGCUGUGUAUGCCGUGGCCCAUGCAGUCCAUAAAGUUCUUGGGUGUAACACCACAUGCAAUACCCGGAUGCAGCUCGAGCCGUUUGCAAUUUUACACCAGAUGAAGAAGAUUCAUUUCACAACUAAAGAAGGCCACGAGGUCUUCUUCAAUGAAAACGGAGAUCCGGCAGCUAAGUAUGAAAUUAUAAAUUGGCAACCAACAGAAAAUGGGACUGUUGAAUUCGUCACCGUCGGUCUCUACGACGCGUCGGCGGACAAACAGCUGAAUCUGCAGAAUCGGUCUCUGGUUUGGGCGGGGAACUCUAAGCAGGUCCCGGUAUCUGUUUGCAGUAAGGAAUGUCGUCCAGGGACACGGAAGGUCCUUCAGAAAGGAAAGCCCGUCUGCUGCUAUGACUGUGUGAGGUGUGCUGAGGGUGAAUUCAGCAACAUCACAGAUUCGGUCACGUGCGAACGAUGCCACCCUGAGUUCUGGUCAAACGAGAGGAGAGACGCCUGCACGAGGAAGGAAGCAGAGUUUCUAUCGUAUAACGAGGUCAUGGGAGCUCUCCUCACCGUGGCGUCGUUAUUGGGCUUGUUCUCCACCGCCGCCGUGACUCGUGUUUUCUUCAAAUACCGGCAAACUCCGAUCGUCAGGGCCAACAACUCGGAGCUGAGCUUCCUGCUGCUUCUCUCAUUAGCGUUGUGCUUCUUGUGCUCUCUGACCUUCAUCGGCCGGCCAAGCUGGUGGUCCUGCAUGUUACGCCAUACGGCGUUUGGUAUCACUUUUGUGCUCUGCAUCUCCUGCGUCCUGGGGAAAACCGUCGUGGUGUUGAUGGCGUUCAGGUCGGCACUUCCUGACGGGCAUGGCAUGAAGUGGUUCGGGCCUCUUCAGCAAAGACUCGGCGUCGUGGCGUUCACUCUCGUCCAGGUGGUCAUAUGUAUCGUCUGGCUCAUAAUCGCCCCGCCGUUUCCUUUGAAGAACUUCAAGGAGUUUAAAGAUAAAAUUAUCUUGGAGUGUGCUGUGGGUUCAGUCGUGGGUUUCUGGGCUGUGUUGGGCUACAUCGGAAUCUUGGCUAUGUUAUGUUUCAUCCUUGCUUUUCUUGCCCGCAAGCUGCCCGAUAACUUUAACGAAGCCAAACUGAUCACCUUCAGCAUGUUGAUAUUUUCUGCCGUAUGGAUCACUUUCAUUCCAGCUUAUGUCAGCUCCCCUGGGAAGUUUAGCGUUGCCGUGGAGAUAUUUGCAAUAUUGGCCUCUAGUUUUGGAUUGCUUGUUUGUAUAUUCAUACCUAAAUGUUAUAUUAUACUAAUGCAACCUGAGAAGAAUACAAAGAAGAGAAUUAAAGGGACAGUCAAAUCUUUCCGAAAACCAAUCGGGACACCAUUUAGAUUCGUAUGA